UGUACUUUACCUCAGCGUCUACGGUUUUUUGAUAAGUUUGAGGUUAAGUUCUUCCUUGGUUACAAUUUUUAUGAUGUGUGUCCCACCAAUGGGAUUGAAGACAUGGACAUUUAAAGGGUAGUUUUCCUCAACAUCUUUGGUAGAAUAUGGUUUCACAGAAGUACGGGAAACCUAGGUUUCAAAUUUAUGUAUAAACUGGAAGAUGUGGCUUCCUGAAUGCAGAUUUUAAUUGCAAUUAAUGAUGCAAAGCCUGGAGGCGGUAUGCGAUGAGGGAGAACGUGCGGUGAAAAGGUUAAAAUCCCUUCGCGCUGCUACCCUGCCUCUUGCCAGCCUUAGAUACGAUAACCAGGCGUCGUGCAGCGAUUUCGAUCCCAGACCCUUACCAAAAUCUAGUUUUGAUAUUUUUAAGGAACUUAGGAGAUUACAAGGCGAUGAUACAGACUAUUCUAGUAGUGAUGACUCUUGUGGGGAUGAGCAGGAUUUUUUAAAGAAGACAACCAAGUACAAAUCACUUGUGUUAGAAUCAGUCGUAAAACGGGAAAAACUAAACACAAUUAUUUUAAAUUUGUAUCCAGGAAAUAAAGGGUAUUCCUUGUCAUUUCGAUUACAAAAUAGAAACUCAACCAUUAUGUGUUUUAAAGAGUGUAGUGAGGAACUUAUUAAUACAAUGGCAAGGGGUUAUGAGGAGGACACUAUUUUAAGAUGUAUAGAUAACCAGGAAAUACCAGCCUUUAUUUUGGAGGCAUUGGAUAAGUUUGAUUUUUUAUUUUAUAGUGGCUGUGUUAUAGCAGAAAUAAGGAAUUAUCGAUUGGCUUACCCAGAAAAUAAAUGCUACAUUCAUCAUGUUUUACUUAGGCCUACACAAAAGACUCUACUAGCCGAUAUCACAACACUAACUAGUGAUCGCUCCGAUCUGAGUAGUGAGGAUCGCGACGCAAUCGAGAGCCAACUAGUGUUGGCACAUACGCCGGAUCUCUGUCUCGAUCCCGAUCCGGGCCUGGAAAGUCGUUUAACGAAAAUCGAGACGCGCGGUCGUUUAUGGAACGGGCACCCGUUCCGUAAGAUGUCAAGCAGAGCGUCGCAGGUCGUCGCCAAUCGCAAACGGAAACUGAACCAUUUCGCCAACCGUCACGGGUUGGAGUUGUUGGACUUUUCGAAAGCGAAGAAGAGCAGGACGUCGCAGCAUCCGACGGCUUCAUUACCAGCUAAAAGUAAUAAGGCUGCCACUUUAGAAAAAGCACAGACUGUGAUUCCGGUACCCGAUCUAGAAGGGCCGGCGCUUUCCCCUCCCCCCGUCCCAAUAGUUAUCAAUAAAUUUAAACCGAUGGCCUGGCCUGACGACACCAGUGACUGUUCUCCACAUCUCAUGGAAGAGUACACAUUAGAGACUGAUAUUACCUCAAAGGAUAAGGAUAAACCUCGAGUUUAUCACAUAAAACUGUCGAUAUUUCAACGGCCUGCCAAUAUGGAGUUCCUCGGCGAGCUUUACUUGGAUCGAGACCACAAGAAGGACCAAAAAAACGGAGUUUCAUGUAGAUUUUCGUUAGGGUCUCGACCAAACGCACACAGGUACGUGCGACAAUUUACAGAGAUAUUUACGGAAAGCGGUAGAAAAACGGCACGAAUAAGUUGCGGAUUGGUGUCGUCAACGCGGAAUGACACCCAAGGGGUUUCCAGUCGACCAGUUACAACAACAGCUCCUACGCCCUCUUCCCAGCCACCAAAACCUCAACAGCAACUACCGAAUCCUAGAGAGCAGGUUGAUCGACUUGCGCAACGGUUACAGGCUCAAAGUCAACAGACAUCACAGCCUAUAGCAAACGGCAUUAUACAAAGCAUACACCAAGUACAGCAACCUAACGUAACACAGACUUCCGCUCAACCUCAAAAGUCUUAUGCGAUCACCAGUCAAGAGUUGGAGAUCGACGCCUUAGCUACAAAACUGGAGAUUUCUUCGCAGGAGUUUCAAGCUGCUGAAAAAGCGAAGCUUCAAGCGACCGCUGCAGCACAGCAACAAAAAUUAUUAUCGAACAGUAAUAUUAUUAGUCUACUUAAUAGCUCUCCAGCAAGUAGCGUAAAUAGCGAUACUAGCGCGGCAGUAGCGAAUGCGAUCAACAAUCCUAAUGUUGUGCCGCAACAGAGGUUGCUGGCUAGAAAAAUGACCUUUAGCAAUGUCACCGCAGCCGGAGCUAGAGUUCUGAGCCACGGCAACUUUAUAGCCCUCAACAAUCACAAUCGGGUCAAUCUGCAUGAGUUGAAUGCGCAGCUGAGCAACGCACCCUCGCAGACGGUGACCCUUGCAGCAGCUCCGGUUAAUAACGCGACAAGAGUCAAUUUAAGUGAUCUGAGCGCGCAGCUGGCCGCGUCCGCGCAACCUCAGAUGGUCACAUUGACGUCGGUUAAUAGUAGUGGAGGCAGUUAUAGUUACACCGCUAUGCCUGUCAAACAACAGGUUGGGCAUCACCAAAGAUUAGUACCGUUCUCUCCGCAAAGUGAUGGAAGCGACUCGUCUCAGUCAGCGCUCGGAGCACUUUUGGUAGGGACUCCGGCUGCCGAUAGACCGGAAAUUGCCAGUCCGCACCAAACCAAUUCGCUUCUGUUGGAAAAACUGGCGGCGAGCAGCACUAGCGGAGGUCAAAAUCCGUUCGCUCAACCGUCUAAAACUUCUCAGGCCACCGCGCAAUACGUGGUGCAAAGUCCGAAGUGUAAUACUGUAAUAUCCCCAAUGUCUAGUCCUCCACCUCAGUCUUCGAAUACUCUGAAUGUACAAAGCUUAAACCUAACCGAGUUACAGAGCAUUCCAGGAUUACAUAAUGUCCAGUUUCAAUUGCAAAAUUUUUCCCAACCGAUCUCUUUGGCAUUGAACGUAGCGAGUCAACUUUCAAGUGGGACAUCGUCUCAAGGUCAGCUGCUCAUGUCUUUACCCAGUGCGCAAACUCAGAAUGCGUCUGCGCAAAGUUCUGGUACGCAACAGGUGCAACAAGUUGUUAUGAAUACAGGAGGUGGUACCGCUGGCUCGUCUCAGUUAGCUCAUUUAGUAACUUCAGGAAGCGUGAAGAAUAUUACCCAUCACAAUUUAAGAACAGCAUCUGGGUCUCAGACACUACAACUAACUCAAGGAAGCCCUCAGUUUCAACUUAUUUCGCAGUUGCAGAGGCCAUCUCGUCAAAAUAUCCAAAGCCAAAGCACCAUCACGGGUAGGACGAUACAGCGGACACCGAUAACGAUCAAGAUGGCGCCAAAUUCAAGUCAGUUAACAGAUAUUCAGUUCAAUAUAGAUAAUUAAUUUUGUGUUAUGUUGGACAGUGCUUAUGUUUUAAGCUUUAAAAAUCUACAUUUUUUUUCUCAUAAAACAAGUAUUUCCUGUAAAUUCAAAAUGUUCAAUUAAGUAAUUUGAAAUGAUAAGAAGAACGAAGAAAGAAGAAUAUGAAGAUGAAAAAAUCCAGAUUGUUAUGAUGUUAUUUUAAAAUACAAAAUAAGAAGUCUUAAAAGCAAAAUUAUAAAAUUACUUUUGUUCCUGUAGAUCAAAACGCAGCUGGAAUGGAAGGGGUGCACCACCAGCAGCUCCGCUUAACUCAGCAAAGAAAUUUAGAGACUAUUUUUGAAAAAUUAAGAAGAACCAGCAAUGAUUAACCAAACAACCUUCUUAUUAACUAUGCGAUGAAAGGUAAUGCAAUAGUAUAAUUUGUAAAUGUAGUUUUUGGUUAUAUAAGAUAUUUACUUCUGUCAUUUUUUUCUGGAAAAUUAGGAAACUGUUUUAUUGUUGACUUUUUUACUAAAUAAGCAUAACUGCUAUUAUGUAUUUAUUAAUAAUAGAUAGCAUAAUAGAAGUGAUUACGUGAUUAGAAUAUUGACGUUUCUGGGGCACAGACAAUCCACGUUAAAUGCAUAAGUAAGGGGCGGUAUUUGCCAUAAUUUUUUCGAAGACGUCGAUGGGACCAGCGUAAUCGUAACUGGUGAGCGUUAGAGGCAUCAGGCAAACAAUUUUUUUCCCGCAAGUUGCUCCUUUGGUUAUCGAUCAUUGUUGCUUCCCACAGGACGAAUAAUUAAUCUCACACAGCUCGAGCAACGAUUGAGAUUUCGAAACACCAAUUUCCAGAGUGGUCUCCCGUCUUGGAGAUUUCAACAGGCCCUCCAGAUCGCCAGAUCUAACAGCACUAGACUUAUUCUAUUGGAGCAUUUUAAAAUCUCCCGUUUAUCGCAACAAACUUCGUAUCUUACAAGCCCUGAAAGCUAACAUUGAAGAUGAGGUCGUCAAUUUGGUGCAAUUUAAAACAAGCGCUAUUAUGCAUGAACUCAAGAGGUGAUCACUUGAGCGAUAUAAUUUUUUUUUCAAUUAAUUUCAUCAAUCUUGCACUUUAAAAUGAACUUUUUUUUGAAAACAAAGCACUUUUUUUUUUCAAUUUAUAACAAAAUGGCAGCCGGUUCAAAUUAUGACAUUACUUUUGCACCACAUAGUAUAUUAAUUGUGAUUUCUAAUUUUAUUAUUUUGCAGAGUUCUACAGUGUUUUCUUAGAAAUAUUUCCAAUUGCAAUCACUGCUUUACUUUUGUCAGAUAGUGUAGCUAAUAAGAUAAAGUUGGAGUUAUUGUAAAAUCUUCGCCUUUUAAUGUUAACCGCCUUCUAAAAGUCAAUAACGUAAUAAGGUAAUUACCUUUUAUUCUAAAAAAGCCAAACUGACUGGUGGAAAAAAACAAUAACAAAGUAAUAAAGGUUGGAGUAUGGUUUGUCUAGAGCCUUAGCACAAUGUCUUUUGAGUUUUUUUAGUUUUUGCACUAAAUAAUACGCUCACCUUAAAAGAUUAAAAAAUCUAAUUCGUUUUCGCGUACUUAGCGCUUGGCGGGUUUCUGAAAUAUACGAUUCAAAUAAUGAUAAAUAAAAGUGACUAUUAAAUGAUUAAAUUAUCUGUAUCAAAAAAAUAUUUAAUAAAUUUAAUAAAAUUUAGGUUUCUUAUUGGUAAAAAAGUCAGUAAUAAAACGGUAAAAAUAUCCUAACGUAACGAUUUGUCGAGAACUUGAAUUUAUCAUCAUGCCAUACUGUAUCAUGUAAAAUACAGACUUACAAACCGUUAUAGUGUUGUGCCUGUUUAAAAAUUGAAAAUGUCUAGUAAAGUAAUUAACUGUUAAUUUUCUACCUAACAUAUACUGCCCGAAAGAUGACUGUUAUUGCUUUAUACGUUGGAUAUAAAAGUACUAUUUAAAUACUAAACAUACUUUUAUACCUGUCGUAUAUAAAAGCACACAAUAGAAUAAAUAUUAAUCAUACCGUAAAAGUUUUAUUUUGGUUUGUAUAAGUUGUAUGAGAAAGCCGUCACGCCUGGUAUAUUUUCAUCUAGCCAUCUUUGUCUGAUACUGUAUAUGUACCUACGUUUAUUCAAUUCAUUAUAGCAGAUAAAGUGCAAGGAAGCCGGGCAAAAAAAUUAAACAAAUAUACGAAAUCAAUAAUAUUAAUAAAUAUUUUAACGUUCUUGUACUAAUAAAUAUAAUAUAUCACUGAUCGCCAUUAAAUCUAGCGGCAUUAUAUGGGGCAAGCGUGCCGGCCAUUUCAUUUCACAUUUGCACUAAAAGUUCUUACUUAUAAUCUUGUUGAUCCAAGUAGAAGUAUCGCUCAUUUUUUAAAUCUCCAUGGUAUGUCUGCAAAUAUAAAGCAAUAUUAUUUGAGAAUACCCACCACAUUGCUAAAUGUUAUUUUGUUUAUUUGCUUUCUUUUUGGAUACUUGUCUAAAUACAGGCGAAUAAAAUUCGGCGAAUAGCAUAAAGCACGACAACAGUUUAAAGCGUUGACCAUAUUGUUAAACUUUUUUUUAUUUCAUAUGUCAAAUAGUUUAAAUGAUGUUCCUUUAUGUAUUGGGGUUUUUUUCCAAAUGUCUUUCAAGAGUAAUUAAAUGAUAAUUUGCUGCAAAAAUUUCCAACUAAUUUUCACCAAGUUAUAUAGUCCCAUUAAGCAUUAAAACGAACAUUUGUUAAUAUUCAAUACACUGAUAACCGAUCAAGUCGGACUAUCUUAUCGACUUCGCCACUUACCUCUCUCAACUUCCGAAAGGCCUUUUUAAAAGAAAAUUGUGAAGAAACUACAAUAAAAUCAGUUUUGUUACAAUAGAAUGCAGAGUCAGCUUCUACGCUUCUACAGAAAUUUUUAAACUUUCUAAAUAGCAUCUUAUCUUUGAUACAUCGUUUAACCUGGUCCUCUUUAUUUCCGAUACGUUGCAUAUAGCAGGACGUGUAAUAACUGAAAGUGGCUUAUAAAGUUUAAUUCGUAAAAUAACAACCAUCAAACAAAAACAAAAAAUACCUUUAUUACCAAUACAGGCGUGAAGGCUAAUAUUAUGGAUUUUCUAGAUAAAUAAAACACAAUGUGAUCUCAAAAUACUUUAUGCUAUAAUAUUUUACUAUGUUAGUUUACACAUAUGUUUUUUCACUUAUUAUGAAUUUUAUUAAAAAAAAAAUUUAGUAAUAAACUCAAAUGACUUAUUUGGAUCGAAACAUUUUUGCAGCUCAACCCAAUUGUCAUUUAACAUGUACCUAUUUAUAUAAUUUCUUGUUAGUAUAGUUUAAUUUAUUUCUUAUUUGUAUAUUGGCUUAGUAACAUAUGAAUUAGUAAAUUUAAAAUUAAGGUAGGUAUAUUGAAAUUUUAGUACUGCUUGUAAAUUUUAUGGUUAGGUAUUUGAAACUAUUGCAAUGUAAGAUUCUCUUUUAUAAAUUUAAAAUUUGCCACAAGCUAUUAAUAUUAUGAUGAUAUGAACAUUAAGACGUUGAGUAGAAAAGAGCAUUUUCUAAUUAACUCUAACAUGGUCUAUAUAUUUUUUUUAUUAUCUUUGGCGGAAUACUUAUGUCAAGAUUGAGUUAGUUCUUGUAAGUUUACGUUUCUUGAAAAGUAAUUAUUUAAAAGAAAAAAGGUUUGUAGUUUGUUUUUUCUUUUGUUAAUUAUACUACGUGACACAGGAAAAAUGGAACACUUAAUAACUUUUUUACUUUUUAAGAUAAAGAUAUGAAGUUUAAUAUACUGAUAGAAUAAUUAUAAGAGCAUCUUUUGACGUCUUCUGUUAUUGUUCGUUACUUCCGGUUUAACAAGAACUGACACUAACAUUUUAUUUUAAAUGGGACAAUUGUUAUGUUAUUACGUAUUGUGAUAGAAAAUAAUAUUCUAAGAAUAAUGAUACCGCAUUUGCUACUUUUUGUUUUAUACUCAUAAAAAAAAUCAAUUUUUUAAAUUUUGAAAUAGGGUUUUCGCGAAUGCGUCGAAAGUUUUAAUUUUUAAUCAAGUCAAUCUUUGUGAUGCAAGAUUAAAUCAUUUUUUGGUGCGGGGUCUGUGUCAGCAUAAUUUUUAUGCCUAAAUAUACAUAGCUAGUAACACUAUUUCCACAAAAAUAUCCUGAUUUGCUCGUCUUUUCUUUAUAAAAAUCAUAUGCGACAAUACUUAUUUUAGUUUUCAAUGAGUCCCCAAAUUAUAUUCUUAGAAGUGACAUACUGGAGAAAGAAAACGUUUGUAACUUAACGGGGAAAAAUAAUAUCCGAAAUAAAAGUGCUUAUUAGUGAGAUUUAUAUUAUAGUUUUGUUUUAAAGUUAUAAUAAGGUAUUUUAGAGUUAAUUGGAAGAAUAUUUUAGUCAAAAUAAUAGUUAGGGGCAAGAUCGGUUGUAUGUUUUUAUGAAGAGAUUCUAUUGUAGUAGUUAAAUUAGAAAUUAAUAUAACCCCACUUUUGUAAAUAUUAUAUGUAAAAUAAAAACCUUAUAGUUACAUAGUGCAUAAAUGUUGAAUUAUUUUUCAACGAGGAUUUUUUAAAAAUAUAUUUGCACAUUUCUUAUUUGAAUCUAAUGCGCAUUAAUAACGCGCUAAACGAAUAAUCGUUCCUACUAUAACUAAAACUUAUUUAGUAUCGGUUUUGUGGCAUGGUGGUUUUAUUUCAUAGUAUUUAGAAAAUCCUUUAAUAUGGUUUUUUGUAUCAAAAAUUUGAAUAGUUCUCAAAAAAGCUUAAUAUACAAAUAUCAGUAUACUAACUAAAAUUGAUUGUAGAUUGGGAUACUUUUAAAUGUGAAUAAUUAUGAUAUACUUGUAGCAAAAGUCGAGGAUACAUAUUUGUAUAUAUUGUAAAGAUAUUAGACUAUUGUUUCUUUAUAAGCAAUCUGCUUUGAGUCAAGCUGACAUUAGUUAAUAUAUUGCCAGACGAUUUUUAAUUUUAUACCAAUAAAAAUGUAAUAGAAUGAGGUAUAUUCAGUAUAUCAUAAUUUUUGUAUACAUUUUAUUUAUUUGUUGCGUAAAAUAUAUUAUCAUUGGUGAUUUCUUUUAAUUAAUAGUAAUUUUUUACAUUAUUUAACUUUUUAUUAUUUUAUUUUUUGAAUUAAACCUACUUCUUUAUUAAAAUCUUUUUGAGAUACUGAAUCAACUUCAUGAUCCGUUUUCCCAUGAUAUGUACAUAUACGCAAAAUAUUUUCACAAACAUGUUUGUUAGUUCAUUAAAUUAUUAUAUCGGGCAUUUCUAUUAUCUAAAUUAAAUUAUUUAUGCAUAAAGGUUUAAAAUUAUAGAAUGCAAACUCUUAAUAUAAUUUAACAAAAAGCAAUAUUGUGUAAGAUAUUCCAGUGUUUGUUUUUUAAUGACACGUCAACCCAAAGGUGGUUUCAUUCAAUGCGGCGGCAGACACAGUAAUACGAUUGUUGAUAUGUUCUUGUGGCUACUGUGGCCCUCGAGGAUCAAAGUAUUACAGGCAGUAGAUCUGACAAAAUGUUUCUUCCAUUUGACAAAUAAGUCACCGAUCAUGUAACCAGUAUUGUAGUAUAGCUGCAAAGUUCCUGGCUUUUGGACGGUGGUAAGGCCCGCUUCAUUCAUGCUGUGAUUUUUUGUCGGUAAGAUAUCAUCAGUUAUUAGCUGUCCUAAAAGAUAGAAGACCUUUAUCACUUAGCAAAAUAUUUGUAUUGCUAACCGUGUCGCUUGAACGUGCAAACAUUUGAGACGAAAUACUUUACUUAAACAAUUAGAUUCAGAACUCAAGAGAGUAAAAAUAUCUCUCGAUUCAAAGUCCAGUGGAAGCAAACUUUUCAGAGUUGACUUAUUUUUAGUAUACUGUUUUUAAUGCAUUAAAGUCUGUAUUUGUUAAUCUCGUUCUAGUUGUAAUGAUAUUUAAGAAGCAUUUCGCUCAAGAUAUAGAAACGCCCUAUAUAGCUCGAUUUUUUCUAAAUAAUAUUUUUAGAUAAUAGAUAAUUUAAGGCGGACUAUUUAUAUGUUGUUGUGUAAUUGAUUAAUACAAUAAAUAUUUUUUUUUAAAAACUGA